AUGCUCCGCAAGUUUGCCGCCGCCGGCGGCACGAAGCUCGACACGGCGCGCAUCUAUGCUGGCGGCGCGACGGAACCCAUGGUCGAGGCGGCGAUGACGGCCGUGCCCGGCGACUGGAAGCUCGGCACGAAGGCGCACCCGUCGCAGGAGGGCGGCGUCGGCACGGCCGGCCUCGAGAUGCAGCUUGCGGCGUCGAAGACGGCGAUGGGCCACCGGCACUUCGCCGAGUACUACCUCCACCAGCCGGACCCGGAGCACGCGCUCCUGGAAUCUCUGGAGGCGGCGACGGCGCUCCGCGACGCCGGCGCGUUCACGGCCCUCGGUAUGUCGAACUAUCACGCGUCGGAAGUCGCGCGGUGCUUCGACCUCUGCGAGAAGCACGGCUUCGCGAAGCCGACGGUGUACCAGGGCCUCUACAACCCGCUGAACCGCGCCGUCGAGGACGAGCUGCUGCCUCUACUCAAAGCGAACGGCUGCGCCUUCAUCGCCUACAACCCGCUCGCCGCGGGCCUCCUCACCGGAGCGCACGCGUCCGUCGACGUCGUCGCCGAGGGCCGCUUCAAGGACAACCCGAACUACCUGCCGCGGUUCUAUACUGCCGCCAACUUCGAGGCCGUCGGCGCGAUCCGCGGUGCCUGCGACGCGGCCGGCGUGUCCAUGGUCGCCGCGACCUACAAGUGGCUCCUCCGCCACUCGGCGCUCGGCGCCGACGACGGCGUGCUGCUGGGCGCGUCGACGCUCGCGCAGCUGGACGCGAAUCUCGACGCGUGCCGCGAGGGCGGCGACGACCUGCCCGCGUCCGUCGUGGAGUCCCUGGACGGCGCGUGGGACAUCACGCGCGACGGCGCGUUUCCCUACUGGCGCUCCUACUCCGCGGACAUGCCCGGCCGCGACGGCCUCGAUCCGGGCGCGUCCUACGACGCGGCGAAGAAGAAGUAA